UCAAUGUGAAGAUGCGUGUCGGACGCUGCCCAUUGUGAGCUCGGAGCAUGAUAAAUAGAGAAGGUAUCACCGUGUGUCACGUAGCUGAUCUGUACGUGAUAUUGUAGAGACAGAGCUUAAAGGUUGCUACGCAUCGUUUACCAGGGUUACACCCAUGAGGUUGGCUCUCUUUGGUAUGUGAUAUAGGAGCGGACUAUCCUACCAUCAUGUUUGCAAAGAAGAAGAAAAAGCCACAGAUUUCAACGCCAACAAAUUUUGAGCACAGAGUUCACACAGGUUUUGAUAAACGUGAGGGUAAAUUUGUUGGCUUACCUUUACAGUGGGCUUCGAUUGUUGGCAACAAUCCGACUAAUCGACCUUUGCCUCUGGUUGAUCCGAGUGAAAUAACACCCACCGAAAUUUUGGACUUGAAAACAAUUGUCAGAGGUCAUAAUGAUCCUAGGGUCAGAAUACCAGGUGACAAAACCACCGAAAAUGGCUUGCCAAAAACAAGCAAUGUUGCAAGAUCUAAUUCUUUGAGGUCAUCGAGCCCCCCGAGGCUCAGGAGAGAUUACAGAAAUAACACGAAUCUUCCACCAUCUGUCCCUGAGGGGCAAGAAAUGACGACAAAUACUGUCCAACCUCAAGGUUAUUCGAAUUUUGGAAAACCACAUUCGUAUACUGACGGCUACAGACAAAGUUCUUCAAACAUGCCUUCUAAUUUACAAAAUUUAAAUCCUAACGUACAAAAUAUGAAUUCAAAUUCACAGAACGUAAAUCCAAAUCUACCAAAUUUCAUUCCGAAUGUUCAAAACAUGAAUCCAAAUAUGCAGUCUUCGCCCAAUUUGGCUCAUUUGAAUUCGAAUAGUCAGAACCUAAUGCUCAAUUUCCAAAACUUGAGCCCUAUUUCGAAUUUACAAGGUGUUGGCAAUAAUCCGAACUUACCAACUUCAAGUCCAAAUACUCCUCAGCCUUCAGAUCAUGAUUUCCAAAGACUUAAUCAACCGUCUAACAGCAGUCAAUCAAUGGGUCAAUACAACGGAAGCAUCCAGGUUGCAAGCGUUGACUCAUCUUCAUCCAGAGAUCAUACUAUGUCUCAUGGACUUAUGGUUCAAAAAAUUCAACCAAAGAUAUCUCCCGUUGGCUCUAUAGCUUCGCAGCGAUCUUUGAGUCAGCUGAGCUCUCAUAAUCUCACUAAACAUUCUCAAGCGUACGGGGUUCCUGAGAAUUCUCAGAAUAUACACACACACUUCCAGAAGCCAAUCGAGUCCUCUCAGUCUAUGCAUAAUUUAUCAAAAUCUGGAAUGAUAUCUGCUACUCCUGUCACAACUUCAACCCCUGAUCAGAAUCAAAACUUGAAGAGUUCCGUGUCAUCCGGAAACUUGGCCACUGGAUCAGCUAGUAAUGCAAACAAACAAAGCGCUGAGCACAGAUUAACGCACGAACAGUUUAGAGCUGCAUUACAGAUGGUGGUCAGCCGAGGAGACCCGAGAGAAAAUCUGGAAAAUUUCCUGAAAAUAGGAGAGGGAAGUACCGGCACAGUGUGCAUAGCUACAGACAAAAGUACUAACCGUCAAGUGGCAGUAAAAAAAAUGGAUUUACGGAAACAGCAGAGGAGAGAGCUCCUGUUUAAUGAAGUCGUGAUAAUGCGCGAUUAUCACCAUCCGAAUAUCGUCGAAAUGUACGAUAGCUUUUUGGUCAACGAUGAACUGUGGGUUGUAAUGGAAUAUCUUGAAGGUGGUGCACUCACAGAUAUAGUAACGCACUCAAGGAUGGAUGAAAGUCAAAUAGCCACUGUCUGUUCCCAGUGUCUAAAGCCUUUGGCGUAUUUACAUUCUCAGGGAGUUAUCCAUAGAGAUAUUAAAUCUGAUUCCAUUUUGCUUGCCGCAGAUGGUAGAGUAAAAUUGUCAGACUUUGGAUUUUGUGCCCAAGUCUCCCAAGAACUACCAAAAAGAAAGUCCUUGGUCGGCACUCCUUACUGGAUGAGUCCUGAAGUAAUAUCGAGGUUACCGUAUGGUCCAGAAGUCGACAUCUGGUCAUUGGGUAUUAUGAUCAUAGAGAUGGUGGAUGGAGAGCCGCCAUUCUUUAAUGAGCCACCUUUGCAAGCAAUGCGAAGAAUAAGAGACAUGCCACCACCUAAAUUAAAAAAUUCCCAGAAGGUAAGCCCUCGACUUCAAGGUUUCCUUGAAAGAAUGCUGGUACGUGAUCCCGCCCAAAGAGCUACGGCUGCUGAAUUACUUCAACAUCCAUUUUUGAGGCAGGCUCAAAGCCCCAGCAUUCUCAUUCCACUGAUGCGUGGUGCGAGGCAUACAACCUGUUGAAAUAUUCUGUAGAGGUAUUCACACAAUCUACAAGUUGAAGAUUUUUCAUUUCAAACGCAAAAGGAAUAUUUUUCAGAUGCUGGAAAUUGAACAGAAAUCGAAUUAACACAAGUAGAUACCUCAACAAAAAUUGAACGAUCAUUGUUGUACAAUAUUUUCUCACAAUGCUGAACAAUUUCAGUUUCAUUACGUAUGUAAUAAGACCGAUAUUAAGUUACACGUUAUAAUGAUAGUUAAGUGCUUGACUCGUGCUUGUAAUUUUUCUUCUAUCAAUAUGUAUUAGCACCUGUUAUUCGAGAUGAAAUAUGUCGAAUAUUCCGAAUAAGGCAUGAAUAUUAAGUAAAUCUUAUUACAGCAUAAAUUUAUUAUUAUGCUGUAACUAUGGCUGCUAUCUCUCGUGUGAUACAUUUUUCAAAUAACUGACCGUCCUAGUUUUCUUCUCUUUUUACAUUCUCAUGUAUAAUAAAUUUGCUAAGAGGCAGCUAAAAUUAAACUAUAGUAGUGAUAGUGAUAGAUAUAGUAAUGACAGUGUAACGUUACAAUCAUUGCAAAAAAAGGUCGACUGGCAUUUUUAUUCACAAACACUUUAAUUUUCAUUAGCCUGUGCUGAGAUAAAAAAAUCUAAGCUACCAAUCCGUAUUAUUUAUGUUAUUCUAGGACACAGCAAGCCCAUUUUAAGUAGCAACUUAUAUUGUCAGUAAUUGGCAGCUUUGAAAAAAAAUUUUAUACACCAUACUAUAAUAGUAAAAACCUUAUAUUCGUUGCAUAU